UAUUCACACGCUGCCUUGAGUCAGUGUUUCAGCUUGGCUCUAGUCACAGUCGGGGUCUGACAGGCAUACAGCUGGAGCUGGCCGCUUGGCACAGGAUGUGAUGCAGCAAACUGUACAUCUGCAGCAUUGGCCAGAGUCUGAGCAGGUGGAGUGGUGUUGAGGAGCACUGAACAGGACGGCAGACAUCAUGGUGACCAUCCCAGAAUACUAUGCAGGGAAAAAUGUGCUCAUCACUGGUGCAACAGGUUUCAUGGGCAAGGUGCUGCUGGAGAAGCUGCUGCGGUCCUGCCCAGGAGUCAAAUGUGUCUAUGUGAUGGUCAGGUCGAAAGCUGGUCAAAGCCCUCAGGCCCGCAUCGCUGACAUGAUCAACUGCAAGUUGUUUGAAAGAUUGCAAGAUGAGCAGCCGGGCUUUGCAGAGAAGAUCAUAGCAGUGAACAGCGACCUCACACAGCCAGAGCUGGAUCUGAGCAAAGAGGAUCAGAGCAUCCUGGCUGAAAACAUUAACAUCGUUUUCCACUGUGCUGCCACCAUCCGCUUUAAUGAGCCACUCAAAGAUGCAAUGCAGUUGAAUGUCCUGGCCACCCAGAAGAUGGUUGCACUGGCCCACAGGAUGAAGCACCUGCAGAUCUUCAUUCAUAUCUCCACAGCUUACGCCAACUGUGACCGAGAGCUCAUUGAGGAAAUCGUCUACCCUCCCCCCGUAGACUACCGUAGACUCAUCGAUUCUCUGGACUGGAUGGAUGACGAGCUGGUGUCUGCUCUGACUCCUAAGCUGAUCGGUGAGCGUCCCAACACCUACACCUACACCAAAGCCUUGGCUGAGUAUAUGGUGCAGCAGGAGGCAGGAGACCUCAAUGUAGCCAUCAUCAGACCAUCCAUUGUAGGAGCAAGCUGGAAGGAGCCCUUUCCUGGCUGGAUUGAUAACUUCAAUGGACCUAGUGGAAUAUUCAUUGCAGCUGGUAAGGGGAUCCUGCGUACAAUGAGAGCAUCUAAUGAUGCAGUGGCUGACCUGGUGCCUGUGGACGUGGUCAUCAACGCCACGCUGGCUGCAGCUUGGUACUCUGGAUCUCAGAGGCUCAACAGGCCUAGAAACAUCUUGGUUUACAACUGCACGACCGGUGGGAUCAACCCGUUUCACUGGGGGGAAGUCGAGUACCAUGUAAUAUCCACAUUCAAGAGGAACCCCCUUGAGCAGGCCUUUCGUCGGCCCAAUGUUAAUCUCACAUCCAAUCACCUAAUCAAUCAGUACUGGAUCGCUGUGAGCCACAAGGCUCCGGCCUUCCUCUAUGAUCUGUACCUCAGGCUGAUUGGACGAGAGCCCAGGAUGAUGAAAACAAUCACUCGCCUCCACAAAGCCAUGAUGGUCCUGGAGUAUUUCACCAGUCACUCCUGGGUGUGGAACACUGACAAUGUUGCCAUGCUGAUGUCCCAGAUGAGCCCAGAGGAUAAAAAGGUGUUUAAUUUUGAUGUGCGUCAGCUGCACUGGGCGGAGUACAUGGAAAGUUACUGCAUGGGCACCAAAAAAUACGUCCUCAAUGAAGAGCUUUCGGGCCUGCCCGCGGCACGUAAACACCUCAACAAGCUGAGGAACAUCCGCUAUUCCUUCAACACCAUCCUCGUGGUGCUCAUCUGGCGCGUCUUCAUCGCCCGAUCCCAGAUGGCCAGAAACAUCUGGUACUUUGUGGUGAGCCUCUGCUUCAAAUUCCUCUCCUACUUCAGAGCUUCCUCCACCAUGAGAUAAUGAGCCCGGGACCGGGUGGCAGGUGGCGAGGCGGAGGGGUGAAAACAUGAGGAACAGUGGUUGUGGAUGAUGAGAGGUGCCUGAGCUCAAAGCCUUUCAAAUGGUACCAUGCUGUCUGUCUCUGGCCUCGUGUUCGCCCUGACACUCACGGAUGAAAUGGAACUGUUAAAUCCAUCAACACAGACAGAGCUACAGGACGAUCCUGGAGUCCACCGCCGUCUAACUGUUGCAUAUCUCGGAUCUAUCUAGCAUUUCAUAAAAAACUGAGGGCAUGGAUUUAUCUCACAAUGUCAAUCGCAACAGUCAGACUAACACCACCUGCACUGGUUAAAGGAGGAGGACGGCACACCCUCAUUCUCUUCAUUGCAAGUCAAUCCGGUCCCCCUCUGGUGUCAGAUUUACUCCUGCAGUCUUUUACGCUCCAGAGCACCUGAAACUGCUCCAUCUCAUUUACCUGCUUGCCUGGCUGCCUGCCUGCAAAACAAAGCUAUGCAUUGGAUAGUACUCUACUGCACAAAUCCUCAGCUGGUGUCGAGUCAGCCCAGGCUUCCUCUUCUUUACCACUCCGUCUGCUGUGUAAGUUCGAUUCCUGUGCUGUCACCUGAAAACAUAACUCGUACAACAUAAACUUUCCUUUUUCUCCUCUUUCUUGUGUGGUUAUUGUCAGUUUCUGCUAAUAAGGGCAGUUGAGAUGUUUUGUUACAAAAGUGUACAAUAAGCAGGGUUUUCAUCUGAUGGCAGCAUUUGCCAGGCAAAGCAUCAGCUACUCUCAGCUUCUGGGAGUGGAGCUGGUUUUGUACACUUGGUGAGAGGCAGUUGAGGGAUGAUUCUGUACUGAAUCAGUAAAUGUUUGUUCAGGGACAGGCUGACCUAGGAAUCAUUGUUAAGUUAAUUUAAAACUGUGUCUUACCCCUCAUCCCCAAGACCCAAGCCAUUUCAGCCAAUGUUUAUGACAGCUGCACUUAUGGCUUGCAGGGACACUGACCCAUGGCCCACCAAGAGCUGUCAUUGGCACACACACUCAACAACAAGCACUGUCUGGUAUGUCCCCCUGUGUUCUGCAGUGGCUAGUUCCCUCAUUACGACUGAGCACAAUGUAGAUUGUAAUACGGCUUUAUCCAGUGCCUACAAACUGAUCGUUCUUGCAUCAGCAAACCUUGCAAAUCAAGCUUCUUCGCCAGGCUCCUUUUUGUCACGUCUGAAAGUCAUUUGCGACUGUCUGUUUAUGCCAAAAUACAUGUUUGCUAACCGACUCGUAGCUCAGAAGAGGAUGAGACAGAUGGAGCUGAGAGGAGAAACAUUUUCUCUUGCGGCUUCUUUUUCUCUGUUAUGCUUGAGAAUUGAAAUGCUUUGAGUACUGGCUGACACAUUGAGUCAUGGUCUACACUGUAGGCGAUGGCUCUUAAUCAUUGGUCUUUGUUGGUACACUACUUUUCAGGUAGCUCUUAAGUGUAGCUCACCAUCUUUGUGAAAGGUUUUGUCACUUCACUCAUCUUCCUCUGUGUGUUUAAGUAACAUUUAUAGGUCUUAUUUGUCAUAUUACUUGUUAAUAUACUAUUUUAGAUGCAUCUGUAAAUAGGGUUUGCAGGAUUUGUCAUGUGCUCAUGCUGUUAAUCUGCUGUUAGACUCUUGGACCGUUCUGUUGCCUUCAUCAUUCUUUCUUGUUGCAUAAGAAACUUGCCUUUACAGACAAAUGUUGGCGUGUUACCGAUUAGGCAACACCAAAUUUGCGUCAAAUUUCUGCAUUUUUCAUAGGAAUUAACCCUCAUUGCCAUAUUAAGUCUUCAGAUAACAUAUCUGAUCAUGUAUUUUUAUGCUGAUGACAUCGCGUGGCUAUUUUACUGACAACAAGCUUAAUGAACCAACUUCAGCUGCUGUAAAUAAUACUUUGAAAAAUGAAAUAUGUAAACAUGAGAGCAGUAUGUUCAGAGCUGAAUGUAACUGCUGUAAGUUGCUUGUCGUUUGACUUUACUCUAUAUGUAUAUGUACUUUUUCUCUGAAUGUAAUAGAAUAACAGCCUGACUUGUUUGCACAGCCAGAAUCUUCCUCUGACUCCCAAAACAAGAAAUUAACAAUACUUUAAUUGCCUGUACUUUAAGCAAGUGUUUGUUCAUUGGAGUGUCCUGCGAUACACUUUUGCAGUUGUAGCUCCAAUUCCUCGUGAUGGGGUGACUGAGUAGGUUAGUUUUGUGAUGGUGAGUGGUUGUCUCUUGUUUAGUGUGUGUGUGUGGGGGGGCGGCAAUGGCGCGUCUAAUUCAGGGUUUUCUUCAAGCUUGUUCUUGUAAUUUGAGAAGUGAGCGCAACGAACGGGUCCUUUUCAUGUUCUCACUUUUGAUGUCAGGAGCUACUGAACCAUACCAAUGAUUUGUGCAUCGAACAGGGCAUUGUACACGAGUAACAUCAACUCCACAUGGAACAAAUCCUAAACAGAGUCACAUUGAUCUAUUAUUCAAUCAAUGAAAGCCCCUGAAAACUUGUUUUCAAAUCUACAAUAUUUCUGUAUGACAUGAAAGAUCCUUGAAUAAAGAAAAAGAUUGAUCUGCCCAGGACAUAUGAAGCUACAGCCAGCAGCUGCUUACUUAACAUGGCAUGAAGCCUGGAAACAGGAGGAAACAGUUAGCCUGGCUCUGUCCAAAGGUAACCUGCCUGCAGCACCUCUAAAGCGCACUAAUUAGUAAACUAAGUCUUAGCGGGAGGUUUCUUGUCACCUGGCAACCUCAUGAUGACAACGCUUUGAACAGAUUAAACGAGGAGAUGCAACAUGUUAAUUAGUGGGGUUUAAAUAAGUGAAUUUUAAUACAUCAUAGGCAGACCCGGGGUAGCUGUUUCCCUCUGUCUUCAGUCUUUGUGCUAAGCUGAACUCUCAGUCUGUUGGACCCAACCUAAACAACCACGUAUUUAUUGUACAGACAUGAGUCGCAGCUAUCUUCUCGUCUAACUUUUGGCAAGAAAUCAAAUCAGCGUAUUUUCCCGAAUGUCAGAAAUAAGAAACUCUGCUGAUUGACACUGGCCAGACCGGUCGUCAGAUUUUGAUUGAAAUGACGGUAAAUCCAGACGGAUGCCUGGAAAUGCAUGACAUCCGGGAGAACACAAAUACAGAAAUCUCUCAUAUGAAGUAACCAAACCUCUGGCAGGAGCCUCGUGUCUCAUAGUAAAGAAGCUGAUUGAGAAAAUGGAUUUAUGCCUUCAAGGAAACUCGUCAUUUUGAGAAAUAGAUCACAGCUUUUGGAACUCUUAUUUGGAUUUGGUGCUUAAACUGGUUUAUGUAUAUAAUAAUUCUGUGUUUUCUUUAGCUUUUCCUAAAUUUUCUCUGUUUUAUUUAAAGAAUCUGUUUUCCUGCUGAAAUGUUACCUGUUUUUAUUUUUUUCCCUCCUGCUUGUUUCUGAUUCCAUAGUCAGUGUAUUGAUCACUUGCAUCAAAUAUGGAGUGGUGGUUUAAUUUUUUUUCUUUCUGAACUUUUCUUCAUGCUAAUAGGAUUUCUCCUGAGGUCGUGAUUGCAUUCAGACUGGUGACAGUGUCAAUGUUCAUUUUUAAAGGUGUUGUUCAUGUGGUUCUUGAGGUGACUUGUGUCGUCGCUCCAGAGCGGCGCGAUGAGCACAGGUCACUGUUCACGUUGAGGAGACAAAGGAGUUCUUGCCACAGUCAUUGUCAAUGUGAAACUUCAAAAACAAUAAAUCAAUGGGUGCCUUUUGUUUGUAAACCAAAAAGAAGGAAUAAACUGUUUAAUCCUC